AUGGAUUUGAGUGUGACCAGUGCGCUGCCGUCUACCACUUCGGUACCGCAAUCAUCUACAUACAACAAAUCCGAUAACCAUAACAAGAAUAAUAUCAACAAUGAAAUCAUGAAUUCAUUUGUGCCGAUGGAUUCAAAUCAACCCAGUGGAAGCGAUAGUACCAAGAUUUCUGCUUAUGCGAGACUAGAUUUCAGCUCUUUCACCUUUUAUAUCCAAACUUUACAAGUGCUUUUGGGACGAAGAAUCAACAAUGAUCAACUGUACUCGGUUGAUGUUCAUUUGGGCCCAACAAAGGCAGUUUCCCGGAAACAUGCGAAGAUAUUUUACAAUUUUGGCACCCAGAGGUUUGAAAUCCAGGUGCUUGGAAGAAACGGGUUAUUCAUUGACAACAACUUUGUGGAGAAAGGGGUGACAGUGCCAUUGUCAAACGACAAUAAGAUUCAAAUUGGCCAAGUUACAUUUACAUUUGUGCUUCCAAAUGGCGAAGAUAUAAAGAUUUCAAAGCCAGAAGUGCAGACUGUUCAAAAGAAGCAGCAGCAGCAACGACAACAAAAACAAGAACAAGAACAAGAACAACAGCAGCAGCAGCAGCAGCAGCAGCCGAUCCCCCCAAAACAACCCGAAACAUUAUCCUCGAAUGUAGUACCACCAAAAGUUAAGCAACCGAAAGCUGUUGUCAACAAUAAUGCUAUGGAUAUAAUACCUAAGAUAAAGCCCGAAACUUUGUCAAUCAUUCCGACAACCGUCAACAUUCCUCUAACGAAUACCGCAUUAAAAACUGAUCCGGUGAUGGCCACGCCCAUGGGUGAUAAAAGCAUUGAUCAAAUUCUUGCCCUUGCCAAAUCUACAGGAACAAUCAUCAACACUUCAACAAUUCCAUUAACCAAUCACUAUUUGCAAGAAACACAACAAAAACAACAAGAAGUGAAAAAGCCAAAUGUCAUUGUUCCAAAGAAAGAGAAGCGCACCACCAAACCUCCGAAAAAAGUUUACACCCUCGAAGAGAUUCCCGAAGAAUAUCGUACCAAGCCAGCAACCUCUUAUUCAAAUAUCAUAAUCCAUUGCCUCAGAACUUAUUCUACUGAUAAUAAAGGGAUGUCAUUAUCCGAGAUAUAUAAGUCUAUCCAAGACUUGUAUCCGUACUACAAAUUUUGUCCAGACGGUUGGCAAAGUUCGGUUCGUCAUAAUUUGUCGUUGAAUAAAGCGUUUAAGAAAAUUUCUAAAGAAGGGAAAGGUUGGCUAUGGGGUAUCGAUGAGGAUUAUUUUGCCGAAAAGGAUAAAGCGAAGAAGAAACAACCAAUUGAACCAAUCAACAGGGUAUUACCCAAUGUUCCUUUGGUUAAUAGUAUGCUCUUACCAAAUAGUAUUAUUAACCAGUACAGUGCAUCGACAAUUCCAUCCUCAAGACCACUUCUUUCUAAUUCCCUCCCACUAACAAACACCGCAAUUGGUAGUACUUAUUCCAGUUAUUCCAAGGCAAAUUCAGGGACUGCUGCUGUGAAAGUCGCCAACAAUAAUAAAGCCACGAAUAAUAAAUCAUCCUCUAAUAAGUUGAAUCUUUCCGAGGACAAUAAAAAGAUUUUAAAUAUUUUGCAAGAACAGCUCAAAAAGAUCACCAAAAAUAUCAAAGGUUUGAACAAAGAGACGGUGAUCAAAUUGUUGACUCAUGCAUUAUCUUCCACAAUGAACCAAUUGCAAAAAAACGCCAAUGGGCAGUCGUUAAUAAAGUAUGUGGAAAAGAAUCCUCAACAAUUGACAAAGAUUUUAACCAAUAGUUUGAACAAUGCUACGACCCAUGUAACUAAUGGGAAAAUGACAUUUGCAGAAUUGAUUUCGGGAAAAGUGAAAUCUACCGCUCCAAAACCUGCGACUACUGCAAAACCAAAUAUCAUUCAAAACUUGAGGCCAAGCUCAAUUCCUUUAAUCCCAUUGAAGCCUACAAGUGCCACGAAACCUACGAUUAUCCACGCCCCAAUUCCUUCAAUAGCCAGAAACACCCUGUCAAUAACACAACCCAAAGCCACUCCGGUUAAGAUCGAACCUGUUAGACAGAAUCAAACUGCUCCGCCAGCGCCACCACCACCAUCAUCAGUUUCGGCGCCUCUGAAGAAACCUAGAACUGCAUCGCUAAUUGCCCUUGAAAGUAACUUGGAUAAAUUACUUGCUGGCGAAGAAGCUUUGCCGGUUAAACUGGAAGUUCCAAAGAAGAGAACCGAUUCUCUUAUUGCUUUCGAACAAAAUCUUGAUCGUUUCUUGGCAGGAGAAGAGAAUUUGUUCCAUGGUCCUAAUGGGAAUAAUGCGGGUGAUCAUUUAUCAAAGAUUAAUGAAAGUGCCAUUGAUGAUGACGAUGAUGAUGAAACUGAGCCAAAUGGAAGUGCCAACAACGCUAAUAAAUCGGAACCACCAACUAAGUCAGAAAUUUCAGUUAAAUCAGAAGCAAAUUUGCCAAAAACUGAUCCAUCGAGUCUGUUGAAGCGACCUUUAGAUAAUGGUGAAGAUGAUAGCCUAAGGAAGCAAAUCAAGACUGAACAAGGCACCGGCUAA